UGCGACCGCCCGCGGUAGGACGCCGGGGCGGCUUAGCCCUCGGGCAUCGCCGUAGGGCGAUCAGCUUUCUACACUUGUGGCAAAACAAGCCAAGAGGGGGAACCCACGGAGCCCUGGUAAUUGGGGCCCGGCCCUCCCUCUGUGGACAUGGCGAACAAGGGGAACAAGAAACGUCGGCAGUUUUCCCUGGAGGAGAAAAUGAAAGUCGUGGAAGCGGUAGACUCAGGAAAGAGGAAAGGCGACGUGGCCAAAGAAUUCGGUAUCACUCCUUCUACCUUGUCUACAUUCUUAAAGGACCGCGCCAAAUUUGAAGAGAAGGUACGGGAGGCAUCUGUGGGCCCACAGCGGAAAAGGAUGAGGAAUGCUCUGUAUGACGACAUCGAUAAGGCUGUUUUUGCCUGGUUUCGAGAAAUCCAUGCCAAAAACAUCCUUGUGACUGGUUCUGUCAUUCGGAAAAAAGCACUAAACUUGGCCAACAUGCUCGGCUAUGACAACUUCCAAGCAAGCGUGGGCUGGCUGAACAGAUUUAGGGAUCGCCACGGGAUUGCAUUGAAAGCACUCUGUAGAGAAGACAGUGACAGAUUAAUGAACAGCUUAGGAAUAGAUAAGGUUAAUGAGUGGCAUGCAGGGGAAAUUAUAAAACUGAUUGCUGACUACAGCCCAGAUGAUAUCUUUAACGCUGACGAGACAGGAGUGUUUUUCCAGUUGCUUCCCCAGCACACGCUUGCUGCUAAAGGGGACCAUUGUAGAGGGGGCAAGAAGGCAAAGCAGAGGUUGACAGCACUCUUCUGUUGCAAUGCUUCAGGGACCGAAAAAAUGAGACCAUUGAUUGUUGGUAGGUCAGCCAACCCACGCUGUCUCAAGAAUGUCCGUUCCCUCCCUUGUGAUUACCGAGCCAACCGGUGGGCAUGGAUGACGCGGGACCUGUUUAAUGAGUGGCUAAUGCAAGUGGAUGCCAGGAUGAAGCGGGCGGAACGCCACAUCCUCCUGCUAAUCGACAACUGCUCAGCUCAUAGCAUGCUGCCGCGCUUGGAAAGGAUUCGCGUGGGAUACCUGCCUUCUAACUGUACUGCUGUUCUACAGCCGCUGAACCUUGGCAUAAUUCAUGCCACCAAAGUGCUGUAUCGAAGCCACCUCCUGAAACACACCCUCCUCAAGCUCCACAGCAGCGAGGGUCCAGAAAAAGUGGACAUGAGACAGGCCAUUGACAUGAUCGCAGCAGCAUGGUGGUCGGUCAAGCGGUCCACGGUGGUGAGAUGCUGGCAGAAGGCGGGCAUCCUCCCCGCGGAACUGACGGAUUCGGACACAGAAGCAGCAGCCAGUGAACCAGAGAUAGCCACGGAACAGUUGUGGCACUCCGUGGCCAUUGCCACCUGUGUCCCAAAUGAAAUAAAUUUCCAGGACUUUGUCACUGCAGAUGAUGAUCUAAUGAUCUCUCAAGAGCUGAUGGACACAGAGGGCACCCAGGUCACAGAGGCUAGUGAAAAUCCAGAUGAAGCUGGAAGUGAAGAGGAGGGAGAGGCGCCUUCACCACAGCUGCCAAAAAUCACCAUCGCAGAGGCCCUCUCAAGUGUACAGAAACUCAGACAGUUCCUGUCCACUUGCGUAGGCGUUCCCGAUGCCGUUUUUGGACAACUAAAUGGCAUAGAUGAAUACUUAAUGAGAAAAGCAACACACACUCUUGUUGACUCCCAAAUUACAGAUCUUCUCCAAACAAAAUAAUGUAGGAAUUAGCGGUCUCUUUUCAUUCAGAACAAUGUAGUUUACAAGAAUAAAGUGGGGUUUUUUUGUUGUUGUUAAGAUAGGGUAUGGAACUUAAAUUUUAAGCAGUAUUUUGAUGACAACAUUCCAAUCCUCUGAAAUAAUCAGGAAACUUCCUUGAAUGGAAUUUGGAAAUGAAAUUUGACGACUCUGUGUGUUAUCUUUUGAUUCCAUCAAGUGGUUCCCAAUGUUGUCUGCACCUUGGGGUCUCUCGAGGAUCUUUUAAAAAUUUCCAAAGCCCAGGCCUUAGCCCAAACCAAUUAAAUCACAAACACUGGUGAUGGGUCACAGGCAUUAGUAGUUUGUGAAGCUCCCCAGGUAAUUCCAAUAUGCAGAAAAGUUUGGGAAUGAUUGGAUUGACCGCAGGAAAAUCAAACAUUCUGUGGGUGGAGAGCCAACUUCUUCCCAGUAAGUCUAGCUCAGCAUUUUCUGAAGUUAGCUCACUUUAGAAUCACUUGGAAGGCUUGCUAAAACCCAGAUGGCUGGGUUCCACCUCCAUAUUUUCUGACUCAGUGGGUCUUAGGUGGGGCCCCCAAAUUUACAUUUCGUAACAAGUUCCCAGGUUAGGCUCGAACUGAAGUGGUCCAGGAUCCAUACUUUGAGAAUCCCUGAUUUAGCUGGAUUCGAGUACUUCUCUUUUCAUUUGGCCAUCUGGAUACUCCCUCUCACCAACUAGCAAAAAAGAAAAGGAAAGACAAAGCAUUAGCUGUUCUUAUUCCAGAUCUGUUAACCCCUUUCUCCUUUCUCUACAGCCUGCCUACCUUUUCCCUUGUAUGCCCCACCAGUUAGCCAAGUAUUGAGUAGAGAUACAUCUGUCAGUGCCCAAAGAGCUAACAGGAGCCACCUAGCAAAUUAACACAUCUUGUAAUGCUUGAGGAUUAUUGCUCACAGGGAGCUGGGGCACAGGCGAACACGAGCAGCAUUAAAGAGGAGAUACGAUAAAAACUUGGAGUGAUGGUAUAAUGUUAGAAUCCCGCUAAUCUGGGUCACAGGAAAGAGCAUACAGCCCCGUGUACCCCUCACUUUGCAGAAAAGGUGAGAGGGAAGUUUGUGGGAGACAGGACAUGUGUGACGGGGUUUGGCUCGUGCUCUACCAGGAUUAUUUGCACUGUUCUCCACACCUGUGGAUAAUCCAGCCUGGACUUUAUGAUUAAGAUGAAGGCACGCUAUGUUUGCCUUUACUAAAAUUACUUCACCUUCAUUCCUUUAUGUUUCUUCUUCACAGAUAUCUGCUAGAGCAGAGUUGAUUUUAAGUUAUUUUAGAACUAUAUAAGUUUAUGACCAGAUUUAUAAUAUUAAAAGUUUUCUUCCUAUAAAGAAGGAUACUAUUCAUAUCCAUUAUAACUCUAGUAUCCCUAAUAUGUGAGCUGUUUCAUUUUUAGAAGGUAUAUACAAUACCUGUCAGUGUUGUAGGGUAGAUUCCCUCUCCCCAGCCCCCCCCCCAGGUUAAUUUUGUGUUUAUU